AGAGAGAGAGAGAGAGAGAGAGAGAGAGAGAGAGAGAGAGAGAGAGAGAGAGAAAUGAGUUUGGUUAUUUAGCCAGCAGUCGUGUGUGUGUAUGUGUUUGUUUGUUUACUCCGCUGGUUGUUUGUUUGGUUGUUGGUGCUCGUGCUGCUGCGGUGUGUUCCAGCUCCGCCCAGGAUUUUCAGUUUCAGCUGGAAAAGAGAAAAACUGCAGCAGAAAGAGAAACACGGAGCAGCGCCCUCCGCGAGAGUGAGUCCUACACCACAAUGGACCAUAAUGAUGGCUAUGUACUCAGUAUUCCAGUGCCCAUCCUGCGUGGGAGCUCUGACUCCAACCUGAACACCUCCAGUGAUCUGCUACUGGAGCUGCCACGGGGACGGUUGGAGGUAGACAGCCUGCAGCGGAAGAUCCUUAAGUUGACUGAGCAGCUGAAGGUGGAGCAGAUGGAGCGGGACGACAAUGUGGCUGAGUUCCUUAAGCUGGUCAACAUGGCAGACAAGCAGCAGGUGGGGCGGAUCCGGCAGGUCUUCGAGAAAAAGAACCAAAAAUUAGCCCAGAGCAUCAGUCAGCUACAGAAAAAGCUGGAGCAGUAUCAUCGUCGACUGAAGGACAGCGAAAACAGCAGCUCCAAACACAGCAGCCCAAAAGAUCUGUCCAAAGAAGUCUCUAAAGAUUUGACCAAGGACUUAACCAAAGAGCUGUCCAAGGACACUUUGAACAUAAGUGGUAGUGGACGACACCCCUGCCUGGACAAAAUCAAAACCAUAGGCCCAGGGGUCUCGCUCUCGCCCCCCUUCUUCUUUAACAAACCCAGGGAGUUUGCAAACCUCAUCCGCAACAAGUUUGGCAGUGCAGACAACAUUGCCCAGCUCAAGACCAGCUUGGAGGACAGCGGCGGUGGAGGCCGGGCACUAGGGGGGAGCGCCACCAUAGUGGGUCAGACCAAAUACCACAGCGAUGAUGAAAGCUCCACAGGUUCCUCAGCCUCAGCUGACAGCAACGGUAACCAUUCUGCACCUCAUCAAGACCACACCAUCACUAUGGUGCUUGAAGAGCUCCGGGAGAUCCGGCAGUCUCAGGUCAGAUUGGCUGAGGAGAUGGAGGCUCUGAAAGAGGACCUGAAAGGAGAUACUUUCCUCACGCAGACACUGGAGGAGGAGAAAUACAGGGUGGAGCGUCUGGAGGAGCAGCUUAACGACCUGGUUGAGCUUCACCAGCAUGAAAUGGCCAACCUGAAGCAGGAGCUCGCCAGCAUCGAGGAGAAAGUAGCUUACCAGGCUAAUGAGAGGGCCAGAGACCUGCAGGAGGCGCUAGAGUCGUGUCAGACACGCCUGUCUAAACUGGAGGUUCAGCAGCAGCAGCAGCAGGCGGUGCAGGUGGAAGCGGAGACGGGCCGGAUGUUGUUGGGGAAGGGGAUCAGUGUCCUGCUGGCCGUGGCCACGCUGCUGCUGGUCUGCGUUUCCACAGCGGCCAGAUUUGUCUCCCCUGUCCUGCGCAGCCGGCUCCACCUGCUGGCCACGGCGGUGGCCGUCCUGCUGCUGUCUCUGCUCUGGAGGAGCUGGGAGCAUCUGCAGCGCAGCAUGGAGGGCACUCUGAGCGACCACUGAGAAAACAAACACUCUUGAACCUGAAACUGUGACUGAUACUGGAAUGCUGAAAGCAAAACCAGAGCACCGAACCCAACUCCAUACCUCAAACCUGUACCCAAAACAGAAACCAGGAACCCAUACCCAACCCCAGCCAAGCCAGAGCCUGGAGUUCAAACUUGGACUCAAACCAGGAACACAAAAGUCAUCCCAGAAUUCACACAGGAACACAAACUGAAACAUUAUCACAACACACUAACACUAAACACCAAUAUAAACCUUGAAACCAAAUCCAAACAUGGAACCAACAUGGAAUCCAAAUCUGGAAACUGAAUCAGAAACCCAAAACUCAACAUCCAAACUUAGAAUCCAAAUCUGGAUAAAAGCUUCAGCAGCUGGUUUGUUUUAGUGUCUGUUUCACAGUUUCACUUUCAUUAUACUGAGCAGAACUCUUCAGAACUGAUACUCUUCAUACUGAUACUGAGAUUAAGUGCCUUCUGGACCUGCAGCUCACUGCAGGAGCAGAGUAAGAAGAGGAGAUUCUAAUCAAGAAAAAUGUUUUUAGUGUGUUAGCACUGCUGGAAAAUGGUAUCUAAGCAUCUCAGUUGGUCAUCUUCAUCAUUUUGGUUAAAACAUUUACUGGCUCUUGACCAGCACUGUGUAUGCUGUCUUUGACCAGCAUAACCUGCAAGACCACAGUCAGUCAGCUUGGUGGUGCUGGUUGUUUAGCUUGGUCAGGUUAAUUGUGAUAUUAGACCAGCUAAACCAACAAACUCAAACAAAGUGCUCCCUGUGCUGUUUAAGAGCUAAGCUGAUCAACCAGCUUAACUGUCUUAACCAGCAUAGUCUGCAUAACCAGCUUGAGCUGUCCAGUCUGUGUUUUCAGCAAGGAAUUAAGCUUACCUGUGGAAACAUAGUUAAUCAGGUCUGCUGUUGACAAGAAGAUAUUAAGAUCAGUAUCUAUAUUAAUUGACUAAAUCACUUUUACCUUAAACACUCCUGGAACGAUUUUUAUUUCAGCCUGUUCUGGUGCCUAAACUGUUGAACUGAACCACGUGAGCCUUAAGUUCUGAACAAAAGGAGUGUGUGGAUGUGUGUGUGUGUGUGUGUGUGUGUGUGAGAGAGAGAGAGAAUUUGAACCUUCAUGCUGCAAAAAGGAAUUUGGACCACUGUCUGUGUUUUAGCGGAUCUGAUUUGUAAAACUGUUAAACUGUUUUUUUUUUAGCCUAAUUGUUUUAUAUGAUAAUCUAUGAACUGGUUUAAAUUUCAACAUGUAAUUAAAAAUAAUGCUGUCUAAAAGAA